AGAAAGUGCGAUAUUGGAUGAUAUGGGUCACCUCGACCAAAUCCUCUGCAGAGGGCCUGUGUUCGAACAGAUGAAGCAUCUAACCACCACGACACAGGCUUCCACAGUCGUAUGUGUCAUAGAAUGGGAAUUACUUCAAUAUGUGAAGUACGAGAAUCUAGACGUGCACGACAUAGAGUUCGUAUUUACUUUGAAUGGUGAAUUUGACUGUGCGUGCGCCAUUCCUCUGGGAGACUAUGUGAGAGCGAUGUGGAACAGUAACGAGCUGCUGGAAGCCGUGAAAGCUUCCGUGGCUGCCGCUUUUCAUAAUAAUGUUUUCGACACAGUAAAAACCAAGUCUCGAACUGGAGAUGGAUCAGGAAGUCGGACACAAAUACAGUUGGUCCCUGCAGUCGCACAUCAUGAAAGAGAGCACGCAAUUGUGCAUAUUUCAGGAUCUUUCGAAUACAUUAGUAAAACAUUGGAGCAACUCUCUUGGUUAGCGGCUACUCUGAGGCUGCAUCACGAGGGUCAAUUAACCAUCUCUUAUCUUGAUUUUCGAGCUCAAAGGAUAGAGGUCGAGCAGAGGACAGAAGCAACCUUCCAGCUUCGCCUUUUGAGUCAGGAUAGGGUACCUCAACCGACAAGCCGUAGAUCUGGCCAAUGUUGGACUUCUCUAUUUACUGAGAGCAUUUUAGCUUACAGCUUUGGUCUUCCUAACAGUGAACGGCCUGGCAGUAUGGUUGGACUCGAAUUACCUUUUGACAUCAUGGCUGCAUUUGCGGGGGUCCAGUUCCCUGUUCACUUCGGCGACAGACUUGGCUUUACGAGUGGGAUUAACGUUCUAGUUCCAGAAGUUAUGUCCGGAGACUCGGUUCUAUGGCAUUUCGAUACCGUUGAUAACAUUCUUAGGCAAGCUACAACAGCCAACAAAUUCUCGGACCCAAGACUGGACAAACUCGAUACGUCGAAUCUACGCAAUUCACGUGCCUUUUUGGGUUACAACAGAAAUUCGGAGAUUAUCAUAGGCACAUCAGAUUUUGACAGAGUUGAUAUUGCUGCAAGCCAAGUCCCUCGAACAGGUCCUGCCAUCGGCCUAAAUUACGAAGGUCCCCUCGGGGUAGGCCUCAAUGCAAUGGGCCACGCUACUGUGAAUGCUGGCACAACUUGGCGUUUCAACCGGGGCGAGUCAGCCCAAGUGAAAGGUUCAGAACUAAAGUUGGACGACCUUAUCAAGCGCUCAGCAGAAUCCCCCGCAUUGCUCUAUGAUGACCAGAAAUGUAUAGCCUUCCUCAUCCCAGAAUUAAAUAUAGUCCUACAGAUGGUUGCUACACAUAUCCGACAAGGCUCACAACUUGCAACAUCCAAGAUCCCGCGCGCCAAAGCGUCCUUUAAUGGAGGGGCAGCUGCCUAUGAAGCCGUGAAGGUGGCCAAGAACCUGAUGGUUCCCUUUGGUACUGGGCCUCCGGUGAAGUAUAUAGAUAUUGUGAAAGACUUCAUCCUGAUUCUCGAACAGAGAAAGGCACAAAAGACUAUGCACCGACGUUUUGGCGAGAUAUCUCUUAAGAAAGGCCUCCGAGGCUGGGAUUAUACCGAUGUGCAACAGAGAAAAUUUGAAUUCUGGGAGCGAGAACUUCCAACAAGUGUUCUGAAAUCACGCCCCGUUUGGUGGAAGCUGUUCAAAAAAUCCAACACCGUCACUCUAUUUUGUAGAGAAAUAUCAUAUCCGAUUAGGGAUUGCAGUGACGAGAACUCAUCCGCCUGUAUAUCCUGGGAUGUCAUUCCGGAGGGCCAACACCUCCUUCUGGCAAAUGUGCGGGUGCUUGAAACCCUCAAGACGGAACUAUGCCACAAUAAAGACAAAUACCCUACACGCUUCAUGCUAACUGACAAACUGGCUUGGGCCCGCCCAGUACGCUCAAGAUUGUUCGAAGAAAAUUGCACACCAGGAGGCUUCUGCAAUCCGCUGCAAACGAUGCGCAAGGUCACUGCUAUGACAGGAGGGAAUACGUUAUGGAAGCAAGAGCCAGAAUUCCACGACAACCCAGGAGAACUGGAACGUGAAGGUUCUGUUCUCUUCGCUGAUGAUCCGCGGGCGUUUGGCAAGAAGGAGUGUCGAUUUACACAGCCAGGCCAGAUUGCACCGCAGAUGAAGUGGAACAUCAUCUUUGUAUCGCUUUGUAUCGCAGUUUUCUCUUUCAUACUGCCAGCAGUGCUCUAAUCCAUGUUUUUGUUCUUGAUGAAAUCCAAAUUUUGCUACAAGGAGUGCGCCUACAUAUCGGGGUUUGAAUGUUUGGAUGUUGUUGGAUAUGCUGACCUUAAUAGUGCUGGAAAUUAAUGGCUUUCUUGACUCCCUGAUCCCGGGGUGAGGUCUUCGCUAUAUCCAUGAAAGAGUUUUGAC